AUGGCAGCCUAUGCAGCCUUGGUUUCUCUAAUGAAUAUCAUAGAUGCCAUAGAACACCAUCAUUCCCCACCCAUCUCUCUCAAAAAACUCCAAAUUCAAUCUCUCACUAAAAGUGUGACCUUCCUGCUAGAAUUUCUCAAAAGUUACAAAUCCCCUUAUUCUGACAGCGAUGAAGCAGAUCCACUGGAGAUGCGUAUCGUGGAUGCAGCUUAUGCGGCUGAAGAUGUUAUCGAGUCUCGUAUUGCAGACAAGAUUCAGCUCCGAAGAUACGAAGCAACCAAAAUCAGACGCUUCUUCAAUUUCUUUCGAUGUCACAAGGAUCCAAUCAAGUUGUAUCAAGAUCUACAAAAUGUAAUAAAAGAAAUGGAUCGGAUCAAGAUAGUGGCGAUGGAAACCAACACUGAGAAGGUGGUGGUGCUCCGUGAUGAACAACGUACAUUUAAUGUCUCUUCUACCACGGGGAAGAACAGUUGUGGCAAGAUUGUGAUAUCUAAUCAUGUCUUAUAUGGGAUCAUGGAAAAGCUCGUUGCAGAUGAACCCAGUCGCCAAGUCAUCCCCAUAGUAGAAAUGGGAGGGAUAGCCACUAACAAAGACAAGGAAACAAUAAGUGAAAGGAGCGAAGAAGAAUUAGGCUUAGAACUCUACCAAUAUUUGUCGGGUAGAAGUUCUCUGAAAUUUGCACUGUGGAUGCAGGAAAGUGCAGAUAAUGUAAGUCCAGAAUCCAGUUCUCCUUCCAAGGAUGCUUUGCUUGAAGAAGCGUGUAGAAAGUAUGAAGAGGCUACACGCCUUUGUCCCACACUUAACGAUGCUUACUAUAAUUGGGCUAUAGCAAUAUCUGACCGGGCUAAAAUGCGUGGUCGGACAAAGGAAGCUGAGGAGUUCUGGAAACAGGCUACAAAGAAUUAUGAAAAGGCUGUCCAACUCAACUGGAACAGUCCUCAGGCGCUUAACAAUUGGGGACUUGCUCUACAGGAGCUCAGUGCAAUUGUUCCUGCUCGUGAGAAACAGACAAUAGUCAAAACUGCUAUAGGCAAGUUCCGUGCGGCAAUACAGUUGCAGUUUGAUUUCCAUAGGGCAAUUUACAAUCUUGGAACUGUACUGUAUGGCUUAGCAGAGGACAUAUCGAGAACUGGGGGACAUGCGACUGCAAAGGAGGUUUCACCUGAAGAAUUAUACAGCCAAGCUGCAAUAUAUAUUGCAGCUGCACAUGCACUGAAGCCUAAUUACUCAGUUUACACUAGUGCUUUAAAGCUUGUGCGGUCUAUGCUUCCGUUGCCAUAUCUAAAGGUUGGAUAUCUGACAGCACCGCCUGUUGGGAACCCAGUUGCACCUCACAGUGAUUGGAAAAAUACUCAAUUUGUGCUAAAUCAUGAAGGGCUUCAACAGCUUAGCAAACCUGAAGAUAGAUAUUCAUCUCUAAGCCUUUCAUCAAGAUCAGUGGAUUCACCCACCAGUAAACCAGUCAUCAGAAUCUAUGUUGCAGAUAUUGUUUCUGUGUCGGCGUGUGCUGAUCUUACGCUACCACCUGGCGCUGGCCUGUGCAUUGACACAACCCACGGACCUGUUUACCUGGUUGCUGAAUCUUGGGAAUCUUUGGAUGGGUGGCUCGAUGCCAUUCGAUUAGUUUAUACCAUUUUUGCGCGGGGUAAGAGCGAUGUUUUGGCUGGUAUAAUAAUUGCCUAAUUUUGAACCUGUAUAUUGUGAUGAUAUUGCAAAGUAUUUUCUUGAGGAUGCCUACUGUUAGUUUAAGAACACUAAAGGUUGUUUGUUCGUGUAGGCUUUUGUAUAUUAGCCAAUUAUUCCUAUAAAAAUGAGGUAGAGUUUACUAUAUUAUAGGGACUUUUUACAAAGAUUAUUACCGAAACUUAUAAAGAUACUGCAAAUUGGAUUGUCA